AAAAAGUCAUAAAUGUCAUGAGAGCUAGCAUUUGAUUAUCUCUAACUCAUAUUCUACUAGUGUUAGUACCCCACUGUUCCCUCUUUUUUAAUAUUCAUUUUCCCUUUCUGUUGGAGAGUUGCAGAAGUUGAGUCUGACAAGAAGGCGACUUCAAAGCCGAAGCUUAACAGGAUAGAUAGUACGAUAUAUGGACAUGUUAUACCAGCAGCAGCAUCAGUUUUGAUUGCAGAUUCUCCAUCUGACAAGAAUUCUUGGAAGACAAAACUACCGAAGAAUUACAGUCAGAUCAACCGAUCAAUACUAUAAUCUUGUUGGUCCUUGAGAUUAGAGGAGUGUCUUUAUUGACCUUGGAGGACUAUACAGCUGCUACUUGAAUCUAUGGCUAUGUACUAUCAAGGAAGCUCAGAAAUCCAAGCAGAUGGCUUGCAGACGCUUUAUCUGAUGAACCCUAAUUACGCAGGCGGCUACUCUGAUGCUCAACAGCAACCUGCAAACAUGGUGAUCUUGAAUUAUGCUACCGGAAACACGGUCAAUCUUGCUAGCUUAGCAAGUAAUCAGCAGCCACAUACACAGCAUCUUGUUGGUGUCCCGCUUCAAGGGAGCCUUGGAUCAGCAGCCAAUUCUCAUGAACUCAAGCAUGAAGUUUCAGCUCCUGGCCGCGGCGGUAUCCCUCAUUUCCAUCCAAGUUUAUGGGGAUCCCUUGAUCAUACUGGUGGUGCUGGAGCUGCAAGUCAACCAAAUAUUCCAUCAGGGGUGGUUGUUAGCAAUCCUAGUGGUGGUGGCGCCGCCGAUGUUACUAGGCACUUGGGGUUCCAUAGGCCGGUGGUUUCGCCUAGACAGCAGGGUUUGUCCUUGAGUCUAUCUUCUCAGCAACCAGGCUUCAGGUCUCUAUCUACGGAGCAGAAUAUAUCUGUGCAAACUCCAGUUGGGAUUUUAUCACCAAGAAGUGGUGAUAAUAAUUUGCGAGGUUCAGGUGGCUCAUCUUCUUCAGUUUCUGCCGUUUCAAAUGGAAUUCAUGGAUUACAAAGUGCUGUUUUCGGGUCCAAAUAUCUUAAGGCUGCUCAGCAGCUUCUGGAUGAACUUGUUAACGUUGGAAAAGAGAUCAAAUCUGACACCAGGGAGAAGGCUAAAGAUAAAGGAAAGAUGAAUAGGGAAUCAACUGUUCAUAGUACUGGUGAGGCCUCACAAAUAGGUCAAAGUGACACCAAGAGUGGUGUAACUGAACUUACUGCAGCUCAAAGACAGGAGAUUCAAAUGAAAAAGGCAAAGCUUGUUAGCAUGCUCGAUGAGGUGGAGCAAAGAUACAGACAGUACCAUCAUCAAAUGCAAAUUGUUGUAGCAUCAUUUGAGCAGGCAGCAGGAAUCGGCUCAGCUAAAUCAUACACUCAACUAGCUUUGCAGACAAUAUCGAAGCAAUUUCGAUGCCUAAAGGAUGCAAUUUCUGCACAGAUAAAAUCAGCAAGCAAGAGUUUAGGCGAAGAAGAAUCUUUGGGUGGGAAGUUAGAGGGUUCUAGGCUUAAGUUUGUUGAUCAACAGCUUAGGCAACAAAGAGCCCUGCAACAACUUGGAAUGAUGCAAAACAAUACUUGGAGACCUCAAAGAGGUUUGCCUGAGAGAGCUGUCUCAGUUCUUCGCGCAUGGCUUUUUGAGCACUUUCUUCACCCCUACCCUAAGGAUUCCGAUAAACAAAUGCUAGCUAAGCAAACUGGGCUUACUAGAAGCCAGGUCUCUAACUGGUUUAUAAAUGCUCGAGUUCGGCUUUGGAAGCCUAUGGUUGAGGAGAUGUACUUGGAAGAAACCAAGAAUCAUGAGCAAGAUGGUUCUGAAUCCAACAAAGAACUGGGCUCAACUUCAACAACUCCAAAGGAGAAUAAUGUUACUAGAAUAGAUCAACGUAGUAUCCUCCAGUCAAAGCAAGAAAAGCAAAUAGCUCAGGAUGCAACUCAUGCAGAAAUUUCAACUUCAAGUCUAACACCAUCUCCUACUGGUACUUCUCCUCAGGCUCGGGGAGGUUUUGGCCUAAUUGGUGCACUAAAUAUGGAAGCAAACGUUGAAAAAAAUUCCAAGAAAAUGAGAACUGAAAUGCAGAACUCCCCCAGCAGUAUCCUUUCAGUCGACAUGGAAAUGAAAUUUGGGGAGCCAAGGAAAGGGUUCGACAACAAGUUCAGCACUAGCCAAAGGGAAACUAACAAAGAUGGCUUCUCCUUAAUGGUAAACAAUGCAGGUCAGGGAAAUGGAUUCGGGGCAUUUAACCUUGGAGAGCUUGGACAGUUUAAUCCAGAGCAAUUGACAACAGGGUUUCAUGGAAACAGUGUCUCUCUUACACUUGGACUUCCUCCUUCUGAGAACUUAGCUUUAUCAGCAGGGACCCAGCAGAACUACCUUUCAGACCAAAAUAUGGGGCUGGAAGACAGGCUUGAAAUGGGAACAAUGGAUGGGCAUUAUGAUAGGGUUAACAAAACUCAGACAUCCCACUCAAGCUUGGGUUAUGAGACGAUCAACUUCGAUAACAGGAAGCGAUUUGCUGCUCAACUGUUACCGGACUUUGUCACAUGAAAAAUUCAAAGCAGAAUCAUCAACACUAGAACAUCUCUUUCAUGAGGAAUACACAAGCGAAUUUGUAAAGAGGUAGAUGGUGUAUUGAUCAAGAAUAUGCACCUUUCAGGUGUCUUACAAACUACAUUUAAAGUGGAGUUCAUGUUUAGUGUAAGAUUAGCAUACCUGGUAGAAUAGGCUUAUACAUAUGUGGGGGAAUAAGCAGUACAUCUAAAUUUGAUAGUAGUUAAGAUUGAAUGCUUGAUUAUGGCAAUAUUGAGUGGGAAAUGCAAAUUUGUAAGAUUAUCUUAAAUUUCUCUACAUGUGCAUGAAUGUGUUGGAGAUA